CUGAUUUCACAUCCAAAAAUUUACACAAGAGCAAAUUUUCUCGAAAUAUAAGUGCAUAGUUUAGGGAAAAUUCGCUUCAAAUGAAAAAGGAACUAAGAUUUAGUGCGAAAAAUUUGAUUAAGCCGUCAGAAUGCAACGAUACACAUUGAAUUUAAGUAACAUUUUCCCUGAUCACCGGCAAAAAGUGUUUGUUGGCAGACGCAAGGACUGGCAGCUCAUAAGCUGUUUGCAAGAUUAUGUUCGGUCCUCUUUUCGGUUACAAGGAGAAGUUUAUCUUACGAAUGAGGACGGUAUUUUGUUUCCUGAGUCAGAAGGCUUGGAACUGAUUUUGGGCACUGACCAACUAGUAGUGCACAUUUCAAAUGAAACCACUGACACUCAAUCCAUAAACGCACCAGUCUUGAACGGAAAGCGGAAGUUGAAAUCCUUCGAUGACGAAGAUAAUCUAUCUGAAGUAUUUACUAGACCUCAGAGUAUGUCUAAAAAUUAUGUUGAAGAACUGACGAAACCUAAAACAAAUGGAAUUCAAAAACUGAAUUCAGAUAAGAAGACAGAAAAGGUAGAAAAUACGUCCAAUGACAUUAAAACCAUUAGCGCAUCAGCCUUGGAGAAGAAUGAUUUGCCACGUGAUUCCAAGCAGAACGGAAAGCGAAAAUUUGAACCUUCCCACAGCUCUGAUUCUGAGUCUGACGGAGAAAAACUGCCGCAAAUAUUUGUUGGACUUGAGAGUAUGACAAAAAAUGAUGAUAUUGAAGAACCAGUGAAACCUAAAAGAAAACGAAUUCGAAAGCGGAAGUUGAAAAAGAAGGAUGAAGAAGUAACUCCAAAAGUAGUAGUGAAGACCUACGGUAAGAGCAAAAUGCCUACAAUCGUCAUGGAUAAUGGAAACUCAACCAAUCAUAUUCGCUUUAGCGCAGACGAAGAAGACAAACGCGAGCAGAAAGAAGAACCUUAUACGAAUCUUAAUAAGAACACUGUACCCCGAAUUGUGAAAGCUGUUGUCCAAACGACUGCGCCCGUCUGGAACCAAGAAGUACCUACUAUUCCAGACUAUGAGGAUGUACCAGCCAUUGAGUUGGACGAAGUGGUUACUGCUAUCCAGCCGCAAAAGCGCCAACGACAACGGAAAAAAUCUGUUGAAAUCAAACAGGAAACGAUUGAUUUUAAACUAAAACGCGAGGCUUCUCCAACAUGGGAUGCAGAAGUUGAUCAAGCCAGGGAAAAAUUUAUAAGCAACUAUUGCGGUAAUGACGUUUGGAACAGCUUGCGAGAUGUACUGGGUAACUUUCCGGCCAUUACUAUACCCAGCGAAAGUGAUAUCAUCGCCUAUCGGUACAGCGGCGAGGCUUAUCUUGCCUUUGUGGAACGUGCUGAUGAUGGUGAGAAUGAUGCGUCGCCUGCGUUGAAGUUGACGUUGCGAAGAUUAAACGCUGCCAAUUCGAAGAUAAUGACUGUCGGCUUGGAUCAGCUGAGUGAUGUUAGGUUAAUCGCUACUUACCAGCCGUGAGUUGGAUACUUUCGUGUCUUUAAAAGUAGAAUGUAUGUCUAUGUAUAAGUGUAUUGUACUGAAUAUAUUUAUGGUUAAGCAAACAAAAAUGUCAUAUCUGAAUCAAAUCAAUACAGAGUUGUCAA